CCAUGGAAGGCAGGAAGGACAUGGUGAUGUUCCUGGAAGGAGGGCAGCUGGGCACGCUGGUUGGCAAGAGGGUGCCCGGCUUGGCCGAAGCGGUGGGAAGCCCCGCUCCGGACUCGCAGGACAAGAUGAUGCACCGGAGCUGCCUGAGCCCCCGCGCCGGGCCGCCCCUGGCUGCCCGGGAAAGGGCCGCGGGAGAGGACGAGGAGGUAGAGGUGCUCCCGGGGGCAGGAACGGGCCCGGAGGGGCGCUCCGCGGCCGCGGCGCUGCUCUCGACCGGCCAGCCAGCGGCCCCGGAGCCCCUGGCCGCCAAAGGGCAGCAGAGCAGCUCGGACACCGAGUCGGAUUUCUAUGAGGAAAUCGAGGUGAGCUGCACCCCGGACUGCGCCGCGAGGAGCGCCGCCGAGUACCAGCACAGCAAAGGGCAGUGUUCCGAGGCGCUGGCGGGCAGCCCGAGCGGCGGGGCGGAGCACCCCAAGGGCAGCGGCGGCAGCGGCGGGGCGCAGGGCUCCCUGGCCUGCAGCGCCAGCGACCAGAUGCGCCGCUACCGCACGGCCUUCACCCGCGAGCAGAUCGCCCGGCUGGAGAAGGAGUUUUACCGCGAGAACUACGUGUCCCGGCCCCGGCGCUGCGAGCUGGCAGCUGCUUUAAAUCUGCCAGAAACCACCAUCAAGGUGUGGUUCCAGAACCGCCGGAUGAAGGACAAGAGGCAGCGCUUGGCUAUGACCUGGCCUCACCCCGCAGACCCGGCGUUUUAUACCUACAUGAUGAGUCACGCGGCGGCCACGGGCAACCUCCCCUACCCCUUCCCGUCCCACCUGCCCCUGCCCUACUACUCCCACAUGGGCAUCGGAGCCACCUCGGCCUCUGCUGCCGCCCCGUUCAGCACCCCGCUGAGACCGCUGGACACCUUCCGGGUCCUCUCCCACCCCUACCCCAGACCAGAACUGCUGUGCGCCUUCAGACACCCCUCCCUGUACCCUGCCCCGACCCAUGGACUCAGCAGUGCGGGGGGCGGCCCCUGCUCAUGCCUGGCUUGUCACAGCAGCCAGUCCAACGGACUGGCCCAGAGACCUGCCGGAUCAGACUUUACCUGCUCAGCCACAACCAGGACUGACUCUUUCCUCACUUUCACGCCCUCCGUGCUGAGCAAAGCCACCUCCGUACCCAUGGACCAGCGGGAAGAAGUACCUUUAACGAGAUAGAGGGUCAUCUCAGGUUUAUAAAUACGAUGCCCUGCGAGUUAACGUGCUUACAGCCAAGGUUUAUUUAAUCGCGUUGUCUCCCAUAAGUGGACAUCUUUGGGGGGAAAAAAGACUAAAAAUAGCUCAGUCUUUGAAGGAUUUACAUUUCAAGAUAAAACACAGAAGAGGAAAAAAAAACCCGAAUGAUUUCUGUGUAAAGGUUCUGGAGGCAAAAACAAACCCUGAAAUUCACUACUUUCUACAAUACCCCAUAGACAUGAGCUAGGACUGCAUUUUCCAUGGACAGAUCCCUGCCAAGGGACAGGACUAUCUCUAAACAACCACCACCACCGGCCCACCUCCUUCUGCACAAUCCUAUCUGACUGAGAAGCAGAAUCUGAAAUACUUGAACGAAAAAUGUUGUUUGAUAACAAGAGGUCUCCAGUGGGCAGAGGGAGCAAAGAUUGUUCACCCACCACCGAGCAAGGUUUCUGGAUUGCAGCCUAGCAGUAUUAGCCAGCUCUUUCUGGAAGGGGUGGGAGAUGCUUUCCCAUACAGAAAUUACUUUCCGGGUUUAAUUGCAUUCUUUACCUCUCCUGCCCCUGUCUCAGCCUGGGUUUGGAAGCAGAAAGCCAAUAUUUCGUCUCCCUGUUCUCCCAACUUUUAUGUUUAUGAGACAGACUAAAAUUGGCAAGGAAAAAAAUAAGCUGCCAGUUGGUGGGUCAGAGCUAUUUGUCCUUUAGCUCUACAUGUCCUAUUAUCAGUUGCUGAAAUGUGCACACACUGAGGAAAUUAGCAAGUGAUGUAUAUGGAAGGGGGCUUUUUGAAUGUCGAAUGUAUAAUAUUCUCUGAACAGAGACCCUGUGCCAAACGUUAACAAGCCGCCAAGGGAAGAGAUUAGGUGACAGGGAGACGAACUCCUUCAGACAAUCUGCAAAUUAGAGCACGGGCGAUUUGCCUUCCUUUGUACUUUCUUCUCCCUUUGGCUUCUUUUUUUUUCCUUUUCCUUUGCUGCAUUUGGGGUUCAGAUUCCAGCCUUGGGGUUGUGCUUCGUUUCCUCCCCUCCACCCCGAUCUUUGCAUGUGUUCGUGUGUUUCACACACGCCAUUCGUGUGCAAAGUCUGUUUUCUUUCCUUUCUGCCUCUCUCCUGUUCGCUCCUUGGAUGUUGCGGUGGAAGGUAGCGGCCGUGGUUCUGUUUGGAUUUUUGCCUGAGUGGAGUGGAGCUGUCAACCUCGAAAUUGAAAUACCCCCUCUCUGGACUGGGCUAAGAGUUUCUUCCAAAAUGAAAUUGUCUAUUUGAGUCUCUUUUUCAAUAGCCCAAAGACUUCACUGUUCCGAUUUGUUACCAUGUCGCAAUAAUAAUAAUAAUAAUAAAAAAUAGACCCAUUCUAACACUGUAUCACAAAUAUUUUUAGCGUGCCUGUUUAAGACAAAAAGUGAGGCUAUCGCUUAGGGCCAUUUCACCUUCUCGCAGUUCCUAAUAGCUGCAGUUGGGCAGCCAGGAAAAUAAACGUUGAAGCGAA